GCCCGGUGAGUCACCCCGCUUAAUUGGGCGGGGCGGAGCAAGGCAGGAUUUAAAGCCGAGUUACUGGGGCGGUCCACUUCAGACUCCUCUCCGGUUGCUGCCUCGCCGGGAUAGCUUGUACGGAACAGCCAAUCAGCGUUCGGUGUUACUCCUCGCCCUGCGGAUCAGCCAAUCAGCGCCCGGCGUUAGACCUCAGCCGCGCGCUGCAGAGCCAUGGCUGUGAGAAGAGCACUGGUUGUUCUGGCACAUUCCGAGAGGACAUCCUUCAACUAUGCAAUGAAGGAGGCUGCAGUAGAGGCUCUGAGGAGGAAAGGAUGGGAGGUGGAUGAGUCUGAUCUCUAUGCAAUGAACUUCAACCCCCUCAUUUCCAGAAAGGACAUCACAGGUGAACUGAAGGAUGCUGAGCAAUUCCAGUACCCUUCUGAGUCCUCUCUGGCUUAUGAAGAAGGCCGCCUCAGCUCAGAUAUCGUGGCUGAACAGAAGAAGCUAGAAGCUGCAGAUCUUGUGAUCUUUCAGUUCCCGAUGCAGUGGUUCGGAGUCCCUGCCAUCCUAAAGGGCUGGUUUGACCGUGUGCUCACUGCAGGGUUUGCCUACACAUACGCCACCAUGUACGACCAGGGCCCGUUCCGGAAGAAGAAGACCGUGCUCUCCAUCACCAUGGGAGGCAGUGGCCCCAUGUACUCUCUUCAGGGUAUCCACGGGGACAUGAACAUCAUUCUCUGGCCAAUUCAGAGUGGCAUUCUGCACUUCUGCGGCUUCCAAGUCUUAGAACCUCAGCUGACAUACAGCAUUGGGCAUGUUCCACCAGAUAACCGCAUUCAGAUCCUGGAAGGAUGGAAGAAACGUCUGGAGAAUAUUUGGGAUGAGACUCCACUGUAUUUUGCUCCAAGCAGCCUCUUUGACCUAAAUUUCCAGGCAGGAUUCUUGCUGAGAAAAGAAGUACAGGAGGAGCAGAAAAACAAUAAAUUUGGCCUUUCUGUUGGCCAUCAUUUGGGCAAGUCCAUUCCAGCUGACAACCAGAUUAAAGCCAAAAAAUAAGAUAAUUAUUUUCUAACCUGUAGUGAAAGCUAGGUAUCUUCUGUCAAGUUACCUGACCUGCUUUAAUUUUUAAGCUUCAGGUGUUGCUUUUCCCCCCAUAACCAUCAGAAAAGGGUCAGUGGUCUGCAGGCACUUUGAGAUAGUUCUAUCAUUAAAUGUAGCAGUCUUUUACAAAAGCAACUGUGGCAUAGAACCACAAUCUGUUUAGGCACUGGAGGCCAUUUGGGAUAUAAAGCAGGGAGGUGCAGAAGGGUGCUGGAAAAGACUUCUAAGCCAGGCAUGGUGGCACACACCUUUUAUCCCAGCACUGGGGAGGCAGAGGUAGGAGGAUCACUGUGAGUUUGAGGCCACUCUGAGACUACAGAGUGAAUUCCUGGUCAGCCUGGGAUAGAGCAAGACCCUAUCUUGAAUCACCAAAAAGAAAAAAAAAAAAAAAACUUCUGAAUGUCAUCUACACAAUUUAACUCCUUUUUUAAGGGUUAACACUGAAUAGAUA